ACCCUAAAAAACGGGCCAACUGCUAAGUCAUGUGGGCUACUGGACUCGGGAGGCCCAUUUUCAAAUCCACAUAUUGGUGAGCCGAACAUUUUACGUUCAUGCAACAAAAGCAAUUGAGAAGAAGAGAAGCCAUUGAAGAGCGACAGAGCUUGAUCGCAGCGGGUUUGGUUGGGUUCAAGUUGAAUCACUGUGUGAGUGUGUGUGUGUGUUUGAUCAUCGAUGCUUGGAGGAGAAAUGCGGAGAGCUUUAAGGGCCUACGGGGCAGUGCUGAGGCUAGUGAGGCGUCUGCCCAAGGACACAAGACCUUACUAUGCCAAAUACGCCAGAGAGAACUUCGUUAACUACAGAGACUUCGACGCCAACGACCCCAAUGCCCUCCAAGAACUCUUCCAGAGGACUUACACUCAUUCCCUCUGGGUCCUCAACAAGUAUUCGGUGGAUGAAGCAGCGGCAGAAAAGCUGAAGGAGAUAUGCUGCAGUUGAUGAUUGCGAGAGUGCCUACCAAACGUUUGCUGUUAUUCCCCAAAGAGGAUAGUCCUCUUACAGAGUUACAGUUCUCUGUUUCUUGUUUCAAUAACUGCGAGUUUCAGUGAAUUGGUCUAUAUAUGCUGUGAUUACUUCUUGCAUGGUGUUUGGUGAUUAUGUUUAAAUUAGCCAGAAAUGGUUGAGAAUUUAGUUAACAAAGUUGGUGAUUUUUAUUGACGAAAUUGCAAUUC